CCCGCCCUCUCCGAUCCUCUCCUCCUCUCGCUAAACCUUCCCACCCCGCCGUCGGCGGCGGCCGCAACCCUAGCCUCCUCCGCCGGCCCAUCCCAUCCCAUUCCACCGUCGCCGUCGAUCCCUCUCAGUCCCCUCCCUCAUCACCGUAGUAGGAUCCUCCUCCUCCCGCACCUUCGUGGCCCGGCGCGUCUCGCCGGGGGCGCUUCCGGCGGAGCGCGAGAAUGGCGUGGCGGAUGCUGCGGCGAAAGGAUUUUCACACGGGCCUCGUGAAUUUGGCCUUCCGCGCAGAUCAUGGGGCAGCGAAGCAUUUUUCGAGUGGAGCAUUUGGAAACCUGGCGGGCUUCUUUCUUAGCGAGACACCCAAAGGUGCUAAUAAUUGUACAGCUUAUAGACACUGUACUAUCAGGAAUUUUCAUGCAGGUUUAUACAUGUUAGCAUGGAGUAAGAAGCGAGAAGAAGUUGCAGGACUAAAAGCACCCAAAAAGGAGAAGCGAGUGAGAAGAGAAAACAGAACUCAACCUCCUGUAGAAGCGCCAUAUGUUGCACCAAAACCAAAGAUCGUUAUCAAAUCAUCACUUAAAACUGUCGACAUUUUUGAUGGUAUGACAUUGCUUGACCUCUCCAAACGGACCGGUGCAUCAAUUGGUGCACUUCAAGACAUACUUGCUGAUCUUGGUGAAAAGGUUGAAUCAGAGUUUAAUGCUAUCAGUGUUGACCUUGCUGAGUUAGUUGCUAUGGAACUUGGUGUUAAUAUCAGAAGAAUGCACACUGGUGAAGGCACAGUUGAGCCUCGUCCUGCUGUUGUAACAGUUAUGGGCCAUGUUGACCAUGGUAAAACGUCACUUCUGGAUUCCCUGCGUCAAACAUCUGUGGCGGCCAAGGAGGCUGGCGGGAUCACUCAACAUAUAGGUGCCUUUGUUGUUGAGAUGCCAUCAGGAGCCUCCAUCACAUUUCUCGAUACACCUGGGCAUGCUGCCUUUAGUGCAAUGCGGGCUAGAGGUGCUGCUGUCACAGAUAUUGUAGUGCUUGUAGUUGCAGCAGAUGAUGGGGUGAUGCCUCAAACACUUGAAGCUAUGUCACAUGCAAAAGCAGCCAAUGUCCCCAUUGUUGUUGCUAUCAACAAAUGUGAUAAAUCUGGAGCUGAUCCUGAGAGGGUCAGAAUUCAGCUCGGUUCCGAAGGAUUGCUUUUGGAGGAUAUGGGUGGUGAUGUACAGGUUGUAGAAAUUUCUGCAGUAACAAAACUUGGUUUGGACAAAUUGGAAGAGGCUUUAUUCCUUCAGGCUGAGAUAAUGGACCUGAAAGCCAGAAUAGAUGGACCUGCCCAAGCUUUUGUGGUGGAGGCAAGGGUAGAUAGGGGCAGGGGGCCAUUAGCAACAGCUAUAGUCAAGACUGGCACAUUAGUCAGUGGGCAGCACAUUGUUGUGGGAGCAGAGUGGGGGAGAAUUCGAUCACUUAGAGAUACUGCUGGCAAAAUAACAGAGUUCGCAAAACCUGCAACGCCUGUUGAGAUUGAGGGGCUAAGGGGCCUCCCAAUGGCUGGUGAUGAUGUUGUGGUUGUUGACUCGGAGGAAAGGGCAAGAAUGCUUAGUCAAGGACGGAAGAAAAAACAGGAAAAAGAUAGGCUUCAAAAGAUUGAUGAAGAUAUGACAGAGGAGGCAGAAGUUGGUGAAGAGACUCCCGAAAGAGUUGAGAUGCCAGUCAUUGUGAAAGCUGAUGUACAAGGCAGUGUUCAAGCGGUUACAGAUGCCUUAAGAAGCCUCAACAGUCCACAGGUGUUUGUGAAUAUUGUUCAUGUUGGUGUUGGCCCAAUAAGUCAACAUGACAUUGAUCUUGCUCAAGCUUGCCGCGCAUAUAUAGUUGGUUUCAGCAUUCGCCCUCCACCAAGUGCUAUUACUCUAGCAGCAACACAAGCCAACAUAAAGAUUUUGCUGCACAAUGUGAUUUAUCAUCUACUUGAAGAAAUGGGACGGGAAAUUGUCGAGAAGGCACCGGGCACUGCUGAAACCCAGAUUUCAGGAGAAGCUGAAAUUCUCAACAUAUUCGAGCGGAAAGGGCGUACCAAGUCGAAAGGUCCCGACAUCAAGAUUGCUGGCUGCCGAAUAACUGACGGGCACUUCAGCAAAUCUGGAACGAUGAGACUUUUGAGAAGCGGCGAUGUCGUGUUUGAGGGUCCAUGCGCAUCUCUGAAGCGGGAGAAGCAGGACGCUGAGAUGGUCGACAAGGGUAACGACUGUGGAUUGGUGAUUCAGGACUGCAAUGAUUUCCAGGUUGGGGACAUCGUCCAGUGCUUGGAGCAGGUCAUCAGGAAGCCCAAGUUCAUCUCCACGCAAAGUGGCGCGGUUCGGAUAGAAUGCUGAUAGAUGGUAAUCGUUUUGCUUCUUCCAUUUGUGACCAACUAACCAAGAUUUUGGCUGUGGUGAACAAGAGAUGAUCAGGUUGGUGUGCUUAUUAUUUUUUCGCCAACAAACUUGUUAUAGCAAAAGUCUGCAUCCAAUUCCAAACAACGGACUGUAUUCAUAUAUGAGAUGCAGGCAUGAUUAUCUUGUUCAGGUGCUUGUGUUAGUUGUACAUUCGUGCAGUUUCCACAAGUUCUGCGAAUAACGUGGAUUACUGUGCUAGUGAA